AUGAUGGUCCCUGUCUGCUGGCAUGCAGCGGCUGUCUUCCUGUCCGUCGUUCUCUCCCUUUUCAUCGUGGAAGUGGCAUCACUACCUGCUGGCAGCCCAGACUCAUCAUGGUCCGCAGGAUCGAACUUCGUCCCGGUGGACGAGGAGAAUUCCAUCAGCCCAGCUCAUCCGCGCAACGAUCCGUCCUGGCACCACUCUUCUCCCGGACAGCAUGAGGGCUUGCAGCAGCCUUGGAACCAUGAUCCGUCGACCCUGCACCAUCCCCCUUGGGCUGGCAGCAGUCCGGCACCCGGUCUGCUGCACCAGCAUGAUCCCGCUUGGUUGCCUACCCCAUCCGGACCACUAGACGACGUCGACCACAUGAUUCUCGACAACUUGCUGAGUGACAUCUCGAGUGCUGCGCCCCCUUCUGGUCAAGGGAAUAAUGCGCGCCUUCUCAAUCAUCUGGCUCAGGCUAAGCCAGGUGACAUCCUCCGACAGUCUGGUCAGAGGGGUUUCCCGCCAGGUCUGCGAUUCGGGAUGCCAACUGCAAACCCUUCGUUUGAGCCUCCUCCUGAUUCUCCUGGACAAGCUUCAAGCUCGGGAAGCCCUGCCUCACCGCAGACGCAGCACGUUCGAAGGCCGAUUCCAGUGGAGCCUGCGGUGAAUCUAGUGAAGAUCCCAGAAACGCCACCACAUCUACCGCCGAUGACUACCCCAGGCUCGUUCUACUCAAGGUAUGCUUACCCAUACGCAGAGUCUGACACGAAGCUGCGCAGUGUGAUCAACGGUCACGUCUUCGAUGGAAAGCUGCAUUGGGUGGAUCCAAAUGGGUUCAGUAAGAGUCUGCGAAGACCGCUUUUCAAAAGUGCCACAAAAGCAAACCGCUUGCUUCCAUACGUCGUCGAUCCGAGCACAGCUGGACCCCACGACGGGAGCGGUGAAAUUCGCAUGUCGAUCCACAAAAGCCACGUCUUUCCCAUGUCUCGUCCUCAUCCCGUCCCCACCAAGACAUUCUACAGUCUCUGGAGCUAUCCUCGGAUGUCGUAUUGGCACCAGCCACAGAUCAAACACAUCGGGGUUGGAUAUCUGGAGCCUCAAGACGUCGGCCAUGUCGAAAAGCAUCUCGACUUGAUGGAAAAGUCCAGCGAGUAUCGCAACGCAGUGCUGGGGAGGAUCCACGUCUAG